UGUUAUUUGUGUAAACCCAUAGCUAUAUAUAAUUUAAUGUACACUUAGUAGGGGCCUAUUUGCUGCAGCAGCACCUUGCAUCACGUGCACAGUAUAUUACAAAACUUUUUUUUAUGUUUAGAAGCUAAUGAACGUUUCUUUAUUUCACACUAGAAGCAUUUAGAUUAGAUUAUCAUAACCAGAGUCAAAGUAAAAUGUGUGAAAAUUUAAUAAUGCGAGGAAUAAUUAAAUGGUUACAGAAUGGAAACUUCGUAAGCCUAAAAGUGAAAUGUGUUUUAGUGUACGCAAAAUAUUACAAAUAGUUCAUAAUAUACAACGUGUGUAAUUUGUUUGCAAAUUGAGUGCUAUUCAUAGUGCAUAAAAAUGUGAAUAUGUAAUGCAUAUAUUUGUAUAUAUAUUAAUGCAAACAGACUACGUUCAAUAACAUAUGCGUAUGGAUGCCUUAAGACCGUUAAGCGAGAAAAUUAAACUACACGAUUAGUUUAUUCUAAAAAUAUGCAGUAUGAAAUAUGCACACAUUUAGGGACAAUAUAAAUUGUUAGCAUGAAACUCGGCAAUGGAGCAACGGGCGACCUUGUGUCAUUGCAUAUAAUAACCGGGUAGGCGCACGAAUAGUUUAUUUUAUUCUUUGUAUCUAAAACGUGAAUAUUGUGUUUAUAAAUGAUAAUCUUGGCUAUCAAAACUUCAACUGAAGCCACAACUGAAGUGAAUCGUUAUUUAAAUAAUUAUAAAAAGAAUUCGAAAAGUGGAAUAGCGGAGUUAAAAACGCUGACUAUGUUUUCCACAAUUAAAAAUAUUAAUUUCGCAAGUGAAUCGAAGCUGAAUGUAACUUUUGGUUUCUCAAAUGCCUUUUAAAGAGAGACAAUUAUAAACCGACAAACACAAACCAAAAUUACGUAAAUGAAUUUAACUUAACGUCAUCACAAUGUACCUAUUCACUGCACUGGACGAAAAAACGCUACUAUAUCUCCAAUUAUUGCUAAAUAUAUCUACUUUGAGAAGAGUGAAAUCAACUAUUCGAACAAUAAAAAUUAGAAGACGUACAAUUGCUCUGACUACUAAAAGAAAAUUCAAAGUCGAAUCCCAAAAGCAUAGUGAUGUUGGUUAUUCUAACGUAAAUUUGUACGCAAUAAGACUUCAACUCUCUCCUUCCUUGGAAUGUCAGAAUAAAACACAUAUAGAUUUAACUGUUAAACAUGGAUAUAUGAUAAUAAUAAAUAAAUCAUUAUAACCUUAUAAUCAUUUGUUAAAAAUUAUUACCACAUAAAAAAAACUAAUCCAACAAUCAAUCAUUGCAGAGCUAAUAGUACCAACGUACGCUAAAUUGCAUAAAAACUAUGUGGAAUAUACCAACCUUGAAGAUGGUAUGAUUAUCUACGGAAAUUAAAAUUAUAUUUGGAAUUAAAAACUGAAGAAGUCAAUCUUUAAUACGUAAAUUUAUGCAUAUGUAUUUAUUUAUAUAAUUGUACAAUAUGAAUUAGUAACCGUAAUUAAAGUACAUAUGAUAACCGAAUUAAGCGUCCAGAGAAAGGCUUAAAUAUGACGUCUCAUUCACAAAGCAACUACUACUACAACAAUGAAAACGAUGCCUUAUCCUGCAAUAGCCGACCAAUCAAUACCACUUUACAUAGAGAAAGUAGUAAUGAACAAUAUAAAAACAACGUUGAUGUAUAUAAUUACAGUAAUACAAAUAAUUACGACAACGGCUCGAAAGGAUCAAUGGACAUUAUAAUGCAGCGUAUAUCUUACGACUCUGGUAAUGACAUAUACGUGGAUAGUAAUAAAGAAUGUAUGAAUACGUGUGGACGUGUUAACGAUGUAUUAUUGAAAAAGGGUGCCACUACAUCAACUAAAUCAUUAACAUCUAUAACUCUGCAAAAAGACUAUAGUAAUGGGAGCAGUUAUAUCAUCGAUGACAACCUAGACGAUCAAAAUCACAUAUACAAUAGUUACACUAACGAUAGCUAUAAGAACGAAGAUAUCGUUUAUAGUACACCAAGCUAUUACAAUAAUCCCAUUAGUGCUAUAAAUGAUGAUAAUAAAGUGAGAUUUAAUCACGACACCAAUGAAUACAGUGAUGGGUACAGCUGUUGGGAGAAUAUUCUAUAUAAAGACGAUCCCCUUAGCGAACGACAUAAGUCUAUUACCAGUGCGAAAGUAUUACCACGCAUACCAAUGAAACAAAGAGGCGGGUUACUAGAUGGUUUGAACGAGUAUGAUGACAAGAAAAUGCCACAGAAAUGUUAUGAUGCGAACAUUCCUCUAACGACGUCAUCCAUAGUACCGUUAAAAACAAUGGAGACAGUACUUAUAUCGGCCAAUGUACUUGCGAAUGAGAGCCGCACUAAAUCUAGUUGUUCUACUUUGAAUACCACUGUUUCUAAAAAUAUUGGUAUUAAAGAGGAUGCAUAUAGUGGCUCGGCGCCAUUGCGUUUACUGCCACAGCUUCAUCUUAAUCAGGAAUAUGGAAAUGUACAUCAUAAGAAAAUUGGAAACGGUCAUAAUAUUGGAACAAUGAUGUCUUCAACAGAAAUCACACCGCCGACUUCAACUAAUGUGUGCGAGGAUACUUGCGACAAUAGGACAAUAAUAAGGAACUAUGAAUAUAUUUAUGGUGAUACGUAUUAUAAUAGCAAGAACACCUCUAGAGUUUCAACAUCUAAUGAAACUUUAUUGCAACGGCAAUAUGCAUCGAUGACACCACAAUGCUAUAUGGAAUACGAUGAUUGCAGUGCAUCAUACAAUACUGCGUGUAGCAACAGCAAUAUAACCGAUAAUUCAUCAACGUGCUGCGACUUAGCUACAUAUUCCGCUGAAACAGCACAAAAGUUACACCUACAGCAACAACGCAAAUAUGCAAUUAUGAUGGCAAUGACUACGGCGUCUGUGAUAGCGUCCGGCGAAACACGUAUGCCGGUGAAACGUUGCACUGAAUAUGAUGUGGCGACGCAUAGUGAAAAUGCGAUAGUAGCACAAACUGACUCUGUAUCUUUUGGCGGCUAUGAAUUUCGUAGUGAUGAAGCGUCAUUGUUGUGGGUGCGAACGAAUGAAGGAGUAAACAGCAGGAACGGCCUAGUGGUAACAAACUCCGCCAUGGUGAGUGCAACAACAACGUCGGCAGGAAGUAAUAUUCUACGUGACACGAGUUCGUCGGUUGCAACCCAUUUGACAAUGGAAACACCAUCAACUCUCUCACUAACGACUUCAUCUAGAAAAUUGCCAAAACGUCUACCCACGCCAAAAAUUAAAAGGAAUAACAAAAAUAGCAACUGCCAUGACAAAGUGAAUGGUUCCAACAAGAAACUACCACAAUUGCCAAUUGAAAAAGAAACACGCACUGCUGAAAACGUGGAUGUGGUAACAAAAAGUAUAAUAGAAACAUCGCAAAUGAAAUCGGCUAAUGUAAUUGCAAUAACGAGUUCAUUCCCUUCAGUAAUGGCAGACACAUUUAGUGCAUCCAAAUCAGUAACAUGCGUAGAAUCAUUAACAACGUCAAUAGCAUCAGCAUCGUAUUCAACAUCAUAUCUACCAUAUAAGUCGAUUGUAACAGCAACAAGCAAUGCAUGCGUAGUUACUGAUUUAACUAAAACAAUAAAGAGUAAGGAACAUUUAACAAAAACAAUGUUGCCAACUUCAACAAAAGAUAGAGAAGUUAUUGCGCACAGCAAAAUAAACAGUAACAUUAGUAUUUAUAAUAACAAUAAAACCUUUGGUAAAUAUGAUAUUGAGAAGGAAGACAGCAUCAACUACAACAAUAAUAAUAGUGUUAUCAUAUCACCAACAUCAAUUGAAUGUAAAUUAUCAGUAACAACAACAACGCCAACGAACACAAUAUCUACGCUUUCAGGCGAAUGUCCAUUUUAUCUCGAUCAACAGCCAAGCUAUUCUAUAAAUAUGAGCACCAGCAGCGACAAAAUUGAUGAUAGCAUUGCGGUUAAAUACUCUAGUAUAUAUGCUAAUAUAUAUGAUAAUUUUUUAAAGACAACUUCAUUCAAUUCGCCCCUAUCAUCGCCUUCCAUAAAAAUUCCACCAAAACCGUGUAGUAAAUUAACUAAACCAACAUUGUUAGGGAAUACGGAUGCUAUUAAAAGCACAACAGGCCAACCCGCAAGUGAUAUUUCAUCUAUAACUGUAACGACAUUAACCACGUCAUCAUCAACGCCGACAACAAAUAAAACAGUUAUGUUUUCUGAAUAUAGUUGUGACAAAAGUGAUAGUAUUUUAUGUAAUGUUAAACUUAAUAAUAACUUGAGUAUUAGUACUGACAUGGGAUUCAAAAAUAAUAUGGCUAUGAGUACCGAAGAAAAUUCAUUUGCGGCCAUCGGUACUUAUAAUCUAAAUGCUAAGGGUAUAUUUGAUACAACAAUGUCUAAAAUUUAUGAUGAAUAUCUUAAAAAUGCUGGUGAGUGUUAUUUAAUAUCCACUGCAACAACUUCAUCAACGUUAACAACAACAAUAGCAACAGAUACCUCGUUAUCAGAUACGAGUUGUACACCAUCAAGUACAAGCAUAGUAGUUGCAAAAACGUGUGAUACACUCGAGUCACAGGCUUUCACAUUAAAUACACUAGAUAAAAUAUCGGUAACACCAACGACACCGACAACUUUUCUUUUCACUUCAUCUUCAUUUGAUGUACAAAAUGCCUCGAAUCUGAAACCGUUAUUGCCACCACCCGAUACAACAACGUUUUUUAUUGGACAUGAUGUGGCGCGGUCCGAAAAUGAUCAAAAUGAUUCUCAUGGCAUAAUCACAACCACACUAUCAACAGUAACAACAUUACCCAAUAAUAAUGUUGAGCCAUUGCUCACAACAACUGUUGCAUUAGCGAAUAUGACUAUAACGACAACAAUUAACAACACGGUAAGUAUCGCUGAAACGAGUAGAUCAACAACAUAUACGGAUUAUUUGGCAAAAUAUCAACUGCCAACAGUAUCAGUGAUUGAUAGUAGCGGUGGAAGCAAUAACAAGGUCGUUGCUCCUGAAUUACCAUCAUACAUCAAAGAGUUUUUAAUCAGUGAUACAACAAAUCUAAAUAUAAGUGACAACUUCAGCAAUAAAUAUGAUGCAAUGUUGCAUAUAUUUGAUAAGAAUGCGUACACAUUGCCUACAACAGAUGUACGCACUUUACCAAAUACAAAUUUUACUCCAUUAAGUAAGGCGAGCGUCGAAAAUGGUAUGACUACCGCUACAGAGACUGAAGUAAGCAAGUACGUAGCCAUUCCAACGACCAUGUCGGUAUCAGCAACGGUACCGUCACGCACUUCGGCAUUUGAUGACAGUUUUUACGAUAAUUAUAAUGUUGAUUGGUCAUCGUUGGCAGCUCUUACCACUAUUGACAAAAAUAAUACCGAAAUAUCACAAAAGCCAGACUUGUCAUCCUCUGACAUAAUAGUUUGUAAGGAUGAUACCACUACAACCGCUGCUGGAGUUAGUAUAUUCGGGGGUUCACAAGGUAGUUAUUAUCGCCCAUCUGUACUAACAAAUGCAGAUGCAUGUACAAAAGAAAGUCCCCCUUUAGCGACAACAAUUUUAACAGUAGCGGAAACAACGUUAUCACCUUCUGCACUUAGCGUUGCUGGUAAGGCUACUAGUAUGUUGGGUGGUAUUUCUAAAGGUUUCAAAGGCGGCCUAGACGGUGUGCUCAGUAGUGUAAAUACUGCAACGGCUACAAGUGAUUCGGAGUCAAAACAACAACAGCCGAAAAAGAGUGGAUUCGGGUUUGGUUUGGCGUCGAAAUUCGUUCCAAAUGUAGGUGGAUUGUUUGCUGGCACCACGACUCUUGUGCAGCAGCCAAGCGUAGUUGGGCAAUCAACAAAUAUAAGUAUCAAUGUGACUAGUACAAUUUCAACAAAAACUACAACAACCACAACAUUCAAUAUGAACACACGAAUGGAUAGUUGUGGUUAUGGUUCCUACGACAGUACUACAUUUGCAACUACUGGUGAUGACUCCUACGGGCAAAUAAAUAGUUGCAGUGAACCAUUGUAUACGAAUAGUGAUAUGACUUUUUCUUACGAUAUGAGGGACAAUGCUUUACCUAGUCAGCAGAGGCAAUCUAUACAAUCUGAUGAAAUAAUCAUAGCUGAUUCGCGCUUGAUGUCUGAGAACAUCAGGAAUUAUGGUAACAAUGAUAACAUUAUGUACGUGCAGCCACAUGAAAUUCAUCAUCUAUUGCCUUCAAGUGAAGUGAUGACUAGUGAUACUAAAAAAACUGACCUAAAUAGCUGUGCAUAUAACAAUGGCUCUGACGGUGCUGAUCUGACGCCUGUUGUGAGUGAAAAGUAUGGCAACGUUAACUAUAAUCAAUAUGCAGCUGAUAUGCAGCAAGCUGUUGAUGAUAUGCAAAAUCUUUCUAAUGUAGAGCAAAUCAAUGAAGAAAUACCUAUUGGUAUGAUUGACAGUAGUACAACAGCUUAUGUUGAAAAUGAUAUGACAACUACAUAUUACCACCCACAGCAACAAAAUAGCAGAGAACAUACACCACAUCUACAACAAGAGCAGAUGGAAGGUUUAAAUAACACGAGAUUAAUAAAUUCUGCGUCACUUGCGAAAAAGGCUUCCUCAUCUCUCUUACCAGCUAUUUCGAAUUUCACUGCACAUGUUAAUAACCAACGACUACCUACAAGCAGUGUAAGUAGCACCAAUAGUAAGUCACCGUUAACAGCGAAGCCAGUAAAGCCUAGCGCCGUUAGUGGUGGUGGUAUGUUUGGUUCAUUUCUAGGGAAAGCAGCUGCAGCAGUACAGUCUGCAACACAAGUCGUCAAUCAGGCGACUACAUCCGUACAACAAAAGGCUGCAACAGUUAUACCGUCAGCAUCACCGCAAACAGCUGCAACAAUAUCAACAGCAUCGAUUGCAACAACUAAUCAGCAGCAAAAACUGCUUUCACAACAAAGCAUAACAUCAUCAAGCUAUUAUCCUGUUACAACAACAAUGGCCGAGGAUUAUGACAAUAGAAAUUUGUACAACUACAAAAAUAAUGUUGAAACUGCAGAAGCAACAGUUAAAGCAAAUAAAUCAAUGCCUGUUACAGAUACUACAGGACUAGAAUACAGCAAAUACUAUUUGCAUGGUAAUCAAGGCCAACUCCAAAAGCAACAAAACUGUAAAUUUUUGCCGUCGGUGCCAACAGCUGGAUCCACAGGUAAAAAGCUGCCCACCAUCAAUAGCAGUAAAUCUGGCUUUUUAAUAAAGCAACAGCCAACGGAAAUCUACGACGACGAUCUAAUUAUUGAUCUUGUGAAUGAUAGCAGUCAACAUCAUUUGAUCGGCCUUGCCGAUGAACAUAAUGACUUGCUCGACGACAGUGAAGCCGUCGACGAACUAAAUGAUAAUAAUUUGAGUAAUAUAGAUGUUGAUGAUGAUGAUGAAUUAGAUCGGUAUUCCGUUGAAGAUCUUACUGGUCGAGAGCUAAGCCAUAAACAGCACAGCUUACGACACAUUCAGCAAAUUUAUGACAUCGAUAGUGAGCAGGCUAAUUACUACACGGACCCCCAGCUGCAGGAAGCACCGUCGGAUUCACAACAAAAGUUGUCUCAACAUCUUCAAGAAGGCUUGACUGCCAAUGGUUAUUAUGAGCAUUCGAAUGGUGGUUAUGAUUUUCGCGAGGAUUAUUUUAAUGAAGAAGAUGAGUAUAAAUAUCUUGAGAAAGAACAGGAAAUACUCUUUCAACAACAACAACAAACCCUACAAAAGCAAAAACAAAAGUAUCAAUAUGAAGAUUCUACCGAUAUUUAUAUGGAAGAUAAUUAUCAAAGCGAAGACAGUGGCAAUUAUCUAGAUGAAAGUUCGAGCAGUAGUGUUAUUGGUGGAGCGGCUAACACUUUAGAAAGUAAACAACAGUCAAUACAAAUAGCUGAAGAACCAAUCGGUGGAGAGCAUGACGAAAUGUCGAACGACAUGAACACAAUACCAACAACAGAUAACUCUUUUGGUAUGGCUAAAGCAAAUACUGCUGCUUUACCGUCGUCGUCCCAUCAACAUCAAAUUAAAAAACAGGAUAGCAUAAUUGUAGAAGAGGAUGAAGAAGACAUAUUGCUCAAUGAUAUCGGUGUCAACAAUAGCGUCCUAAUUAAGGAUCAACUGCCGCAUAGUUGUAGGUCAAGCCAUGAGUCCAUAAUUGAAAAUGAAAAUGACGUAAUAUGUGAAUUGCCGUCCAUGCCCACUAUAUCACCCAAGAAAAACAUGCUCGUACGCGGUGAAACCGAGGAAGUUGUCAGCGGGCACUUGCACAUACUCCGCAAGUCAGAGGUUACAGCAAAGCAGCGUUGGCAUUGGGCCUACAAUAAAAUCAUAAUGCAAUUAAAU